AUGAACUUCACUACUAGACUCUCCAACUUUUUAAUUAACGCUACCGAAGAGCAUAUUACCGCCAGUUCUGUUAUUUACCAAGUAAUAGAAGAAGACCCUUGGAUACCACAGAAUGAGUUGAAGAGUAUCGUCUAUCAAGAAGUAACAUUAACAACAAAAAACCUUUGUGAAGAAAGUUCUCCUCGGUAUAUAGCUCUUCUCGAAAUUUUUUCAGAG